CUGAGUAUAAAAACAUAGAUCCUUGAAGGACAACAAAGAAGGCUUUCUAAACUGAAAGCACCCUAUCAAGAUAUUAUUCAUAGAUCAACAACUUACUUUAAAAGGAACCGUUCAAAAAUCUCAUUUUUACUUGGCAUAUAAAGCUCUUCCAACUUGUAAUCAUAUUUGGAGUUCUUGUCUGUGCAGUUAGUCGAAAGAUAUGAAAGAAAUCUGUGGGCUGGAGCCCUGUAAGGUUUCAGAUUUCUUACCUCUGGCUUCUCCGUGGCUGUGGCAGCUUCCCUGCAGAACUCAAAGCUGCUGGUGAAAUAUUCUCUGGUUGUCUGUAGCAUGAUUCGAGAGAUCCAGCACCUCUGGGACCCUCAGUCGCUCCGUUCUGCUCCCGGUUGACUCUAAUUUCACAACCAUUUUGUGUGCUCCCUUCAGCAGCGCAUAUACUAAAAACUGGAACAAUCAUUUUGUAAAUAUCCACCCCACUCCUUGUCCGAUAUACUCUUCUUUGGCUAAUAAAAAAUGAAGGUGUCUUUAUAGUUUAGGAAUUAAGCAGAGUGGAGUCUUGGGUGGAAGCUCCUCUGCACUUGCUCCAUCCGGCUUUUUAUUUUCAAACACCCUUGAUUCAGGGUGCUCCAAGAGCUAUCAUGAGUCAGGGGGCAUCUCUUUACUGACAUACGCACAUGUGUGUGUGCACAUGCGCAGUUGUGUGUGAAACAGACCAGCCUACUCUUUGCAGGAGAUCAUAGAUCCAGCAGCUGCCUUGAAAAAAGUAUCUGGCAGAGGAGGAAGGAGAUCCACGUGUGCAGGUGAAGGCUGCUUGGAGAGGAAGGGAGGAUGAGGGGAGAGGUGAACUCAGCCAGUCCAGAACCAAGAAAAGGCCCUGAUGCCACAGAGGAUGGGAGCGGAAGGGAAGUUUGGGAAGGAACCUUGCGGAAGAGCCUGGGAGAGGAUUUUCCCCCUUCAGAUGUGCAGCACCAGCAAUUCCGGCACUUCCGUUAUUGGGAGGCUGAAGGGCCCCGAAAGGUCUGCAGCGAACUCCACCGCCUUUGCCUCCAGUGGCUGAAGCCAGAAAGGCACAGCAAGAAGGAGAUCCUGGACCUGGUGAUCCUGGAGCAGUUCCUGGCCAUCCUGCCCCCGGAGAUGGAGAGCUGGGUCAGGGAAUGUGCACCGGAGAGCAGUUCCCAGGCAGUGGCCCUGGCAGAAGGGUUCCUCCUGAGCAAUGCCGACAAGAAUCAAGAACAGCAGGUGCAGGAAAGCAUCAACUGUUGCCUUGGAGCAGCUUUUCUAGGGGGGGCCUUGAAACCAACAAUAAAAUAUUUGCCAAAUCUUUGCAGCAGAGAGAAUGCAACUUCUCUGUGGCCAGAGCAGGUAAGUGUGGAACUGCAAUUCAUGGUCCUGGGUGCCUCCGUGCACUACCCACCCCUCCCUAGGCCAGGGAGAAGAAUUUGCUCCCCUUGCCUUCGCUCCUAUCUGUCCAUUCACUAGAAGGAAAAUGGAAAGGUCUGCUGGAAGUUUGAAUGCUGCAAAGAAGCUUCUAAUAGCCAUUUCAGCUUGUCUUCAU